AUGCUUUUGGACCAUACGCUGACUCUGGGUCUGGCUGAACUCACGGACCUAACUGGUUCUCUAUGGGUGACAAUGUUCUCCAGUUCAGCGACAAAAGUGUUUGGAAUGGAAGCCCAGAAACUCGGAGAGCUCAAGGAUGCUGACAAGGAUGCUUAUGAUAAAGUAUUGACUGAUAUUUGUUUCAAAUACUUCAAUUGGCGGAUAAAUGCGAAGCCUAACACUUACAAUGAUGAAACUCGAAUGCGUUAUUCCGUCCUGGGAUGUGACCCAGUUCCCUACGAUCGAUACAUUUCGCAAUUGGAGCACACCUUAGAAAAGCUGGAACAUCUGGAAUGUUGA